GUGAGUCGCACGGGGUGGCCCUUCCUUUAGAGCACAGCGCAGAUCUCCGUGGAGGGAGUGAGUCGCACGGGGUGGCCCUUCCUUUAGAGCACAGCGCAGAUCUCCAUGUCUGCUUAUCACAGUGGUGAUUCGGCUUAUAGAUGCACCUGCUGAAACUGUUCUAAAAGACCUUGCCUUUCAGAUAGAAAUCCUGAGUAGUUUUCCCCAUUUUAGUGUAAGUACUUUGUUUGCAAACUCCUGUUAGUUAAGAAUGUAGGCAAAUUUUGCUUCUUCAAACUCUUUCUUUCCAUGAGGAACGAGAAAUUCCAAGAGCUGACAAGUCAAAUGCUGCCUUCAAGUGUGAAGGCGGGAGGUGACUGGCCACCUCGCAGAGUUUCUAGGGGCUGUGACAGCAGGAGGUGAGCAACCAGCCUGGGUGCUGUCUCAGAGCCGCGCCCCAGAGCCCAGGUGUCCGAGGGCAGCGGCGCGGGCGCCCUGCUCCUCUCCCGAAACGCCCUCCUUUUCUUCCCCAGGCCUGGAAUUCGCGUACUCGGCCGCCCCCAAGUCCAUGCAGAGUGCCAUCAUGGGCUUGUUUUUCUUCUUCUCUGGCGUUGGGUCCUUCGUGGGCUCAGGACUGUUGGCACUGGUGUCCCUCAAGGCCAUCGGGUGGAUGAGCAGCCACACGGACUUCGGCAACAUCAACGGCUGCUAUUUGAACUAUUACUUUUUUCUUCUGGCUGCUAUUCAAGGCGCUACCCUCCUGCUCUUCCUUAUUGUUUCCGUGAAAUACGACCUGCAGCGGCCGAGAGCAAACGGCACGCCCGCCGGCAGGAGGACCUGAUGCUCCUGCAGCCCUUCAGGUCUGUUGGACGGACAGAUGGACAGAUCCGUGGGAAGGUGCUCUGGGGGCUCGCAGAGCAAACGGCUGACUUCCCUAAAACUUGCGUGGUGCCGGGGUUGGUUCCCUCUUUUCCACCCGCGGCCUAGGUAAGUGCCUUCCUGCGAUUGAGCCCUGCCGAAGGCCCCCGGGCGCCCUGCCGCCGGUUUCCCCUCUGACAGACACCUGCUGCCGCGGUACAAAGUCUCGGGAGACGACACCCGUGCUGGUUGGCGUCCCGGUAUUUUAAACACAUCUCAUCCUCUCCUUCCCACAAAACACGCUCUCACUUUCUCUUCUCCUGAUGAAUAAACAUGUGUUUAUAUUGAGGAAGGGGGGGUUUGUUGAGAAAUGAAAGUGUGGUCAGGUGCUGCGGAGGUUUUAAAGAAAAGUCCCGCUUAUGGUUUCUCUCAUGAGCCGCAGAUCCCGCCCGUGCGGGUCCUCGGCACAGGCCGGUGGUGAGUGUGUUCUGCCUGCUGCUUCACGUAAUGCCGAGUUCUCAAACCAUCGCCAUUGCUCUCUUGUUGCUCUUUCCUUAAGAGCGCGAUGUUUCAUUAAAACCUAUUUAAGACUGUGUGUUCCGUCUCAGCCUGCAGAGCAGCCUAACGCGUGUUUUAACCCUGCCUGGUCAGUCCUUGUGUACAGUUUCAUUCUGGUACCGUCGAGACUAAAGACCCACCAUGGUGGGUGGAAGGAAACCCCUCUUCUGAGCAGCACCGCUGUGAUUGGAGGCCGUUGGCAGCGCUCGUUGCGGGCCGGGGCUGUCCACAGUCACCGACGCUGGUCGCGCUGUUCUCCGUGACAUGGGGGUUCGCAUCUUGUCUAAUAAACCGUUGUCUAUUUGUUGCUGUAUUUUUGGUGUAAUUUUAUUAUAAAAAGCACCUCGAAUAUGAGA